UCAUUCGCUCAAAAUGGACAGACGACGACUGUGGCUCUGGCUGAAAGGCAUUUCAGUUAGACUCCUCCGCGGACUGUUGGCCUUUCUUCGCCUCUUUCUAGCUGGUUGCAGGAGCUAUGCUGGUCGUCUAAGAGAUGUGGUGGCCGAGGCUGGCGCUGAGACAGGACUCCUGGCCAUUAGUUUGUGCGUCAAUCGAAGGAUUCACCUCCUGGAGAGACUUUUCUGGCUGGCUAUAGUGAUAAGCAGUGUGAUUGCUGCCCUGUUGCUGAGUCGCUUUCAGCUGGAUAGAUAUUUCAGCUCACCCACGGUGAUCUCGGUGGAUCGGGACUAUCGUGGAUGGAAUGGAUCCCUGCCGGCGGUCACACUCUGCUACUACGAUCACAUUGACUCCUUUAAGGCCAACGAGUACAUACAGGAAGUGUGGAAUGUGUCCAUCAUUGACGAGGAUUACUUUUACUUUAUGGAUUUCCUUUAUGCGGUGGUCAAUGCCACUGCUGGCAACUAUGCGGAGUUGGCCAAGUUUGCAGAGGAUGAGAGAUUCGAUCAGAUUGAUUUGUACGAGAUGAUUCAAAGAGUGGACAGACCGUUUGAGCAGGUCAUCAGCAGUUUUGACUCCAGUUUUGAGGUUCAUGUGCAAAUGGUGAUGACGGAGCGGGGUUCCUGCUAUGCCAUCAACUCCCCCAUGUCCACGGUGCUGAGCGGGCAACCCGUGGCCUAUGAGCUGAUGCCCCAGCCCUUGUCCUGCCAGUAUGGCAAGCAGCAGUGCUAUAUACGCAUGGAUUUGUACGAAAGCACGGGCGUGCUGGACGUCCACUCGCCAUUUGAGGUAUCCGCCACAGAGGCAAACAUUGUGGCGCUGCACAAGUCAGACGAGAUAACCGCCUCGUUCAAGGUGUUGGAAACGGUAGCAUCGAAAAACCUACGCGAACUCAGUGUGGCCCAGCGCAAGUGUGUGUUUAACAACGAGGAGACUUCCAACCUAAAGAUCUACAGCAAAUCCUUGUGCCUGGCUCGCUGUCGUGCUGUCAUGGCUCUGGAAAUGUGCAACUGUGUGCCCUUCUUUUAUCCUUAUGUAGAGGGACCCAGCUGCAAUCCUGCUGGCUUUGAGUGUCUUCUGGACUUCAAGUGGCCUAUCUGGGCUUUGCACAUCUGUAAGUGUCCCUCCACCUGCACGGAGAUCGAAUACACCAUGCAAACCGUAAAAAAGAGUUCCUGGGGCGUCAAAAACAACGAGGAGGUGAGCAGCAGUGAGACAGCUACCUCUAGUUUUCGUUGGGAUUUGAUUCCUCCUAAAGUACGGAUGCGACGAGAUGUGGUCUACAGCUUUGAGGAUUUAGUGGUAUCCUUUGGCGGUGUCCUGGCCCUCUUUGUGGGCGUCAGUGUAAUGGGUCUGGUGGAGAUGGGUCACGUGAUCAUCUAUAAUAUGCUGCUGGACGCCUUCACCAUUCUACGCAUGGUCGUGGGCCAUGUGCGUCUUUUCUGUGGAAGAGGUAACCGCAAAGCGGAGGCGAAUCACCACCACCAACAAGAGCCACAGCAACAGCGACAUCUCGUAGACGAGCGCCUCUCUUUGGCCGACACCGCUGAACUGCCGCCGUUUGACUAUGUGAAUUGAUACGCGACAAUUAGCCGGCAAACCCAAAU